AUGGUUAUUGCAAUGAAGUGCCUUGCGGGCUACCUGGGCCAUGCCAGUCACGUGGCGAUUGAUGUCAAGCUGACAUUGAUUGUUUCCUCCAGUGCCGUGGUUGGGAGCUUUCUGGGUGGGUAUCUGACGGAAUUUGUUCCCCAGCACGUUCUGCGCAAGGCAUUUGCGAUAUUCGUGCUGACCAUCGGUUGCUUGCAGCUGUGGAAGGAGUCGGGCAGCAUCCUGCACUGA